ACAGCAAUAUUUUGGUUGUGUAAUCUUUCCUUGGCCUAUUUCAAUCAGAUUUAGAUUUUUAAUACGUAACUUCACCAUUGAUAUCAAAAUGACUGACGAUUUCGCCGAGAAUUCACUUGAAAUGGAGAUUGAAACAUUAGAAGCUAUUUAUAUAAAUGAGCUAAAAUGCACCAGAAAUAAUGAUGGGUCAGUGGAUACAGUUGAAAUUUUGCUACACCCAGCUACAGGGGAUGACACAAAGAAACAGUUUGUUUGCAUGACUCUUGUAUUCAUACCAGGCUCAAAGUACCCUGAAGAGCCACCAGAAAUUGAAAUUCGAAAUCCCCGUGGUCUGGGUGAAGAAGAGAUAGCAAGCUUGAAGGAGGCCAUGGUGUCUAAAGCUGAUGAGCUCAAAGGUGAAGUGAUACUGUUCACCCUAAUUGAGAUGGCAAAAGACAGUUUGACUGAUGGCAACAUCCCUCGCUGUCCGUGUGUUGUCUGUCUUGAACACUUCCGAGAGCAAGACAGUUUCCACCGUACAUCCUGCUACCAUUACUUCCACAGCGCGUGCCUGUAUGAAUAUCUGCAGCACAGUCAAGCUCAACUGCAGGAGGAGAAGAACCAAGGGCUUGAGAGGAGACAUUUGGAAACAACUUCAGAGGAUAAGACAGUAAUUUGUCCCAUGUGCAGGACGCCAUUAGAUGAAGAGUCUUUGUCCAUAAAAUGGGAUAAUGUGAAGAAAGAAGAAAACCCAGAAGAAUUUGUCCUUCCUCCUGAACUCAGGGCGCAGCAGUUGAGAAUGGCAGAGAUGUAUGAGCGACAGAAAGCCAGAGGUGGGAUAAUAGAUCUGGAACAAGAGAAAAACAAGUAUUUGGUGAAUGCUGAUUUCCGUGUUCCAAUCCCAGUUUCAACCUCACUGUGUUUAGCAGAGGUCAAGGACAAUCAAAAAGAGAAAGGGUCACCAAAGAAAGAUGAGCAUCACCAAGGCAAGAAGAGUGACAAGUUCAGAGGUCACCACUACGAUAGAGGUCACCACUACGGUAGAGGUCAUGGCCAUGGUAAAAGUCAUGGCCACUUGACAAGACAUGACCCUCAUGAUCGGAAAAAGCACGUGGGAGCUGGCAAAUUAGAGCACCAAGCCCAUCCAUCAAGCUAUGACAAAAGUGUUCAUGACAAAAGUGUUCAUGACAAAAGUGCUCAUGACAAAAGUGCUCAAGACAAAAAUGCCCAAGGCUCUGAGGCUAGAAAUGAUACGGCCCAAAAGCAAGGAAGCGAGGAGGUGAAAUCAGUGGAGAAAGUUGAGAAGAUAGUACACGCUACAGACAAUGUGGGUGGCAGUGUGGAACCAAAAAGGAUGGAGAGGGUGGCGGAUAAUGGGAAAAAAGACACAGUAAGCUUGGCUUGCUCAGAGACUGAGCAAAAAACAGAAGAGGAUGGGGAAGAUAGACCAAACAAGGAUGUAAAAUCACAUGACUCUGUAGAUAGGACUAGAAGCAGUUACCAUAGAGAUGGCAUAAAGCAGGGAGAUAGUUACCAUAGAGAUAGCAGGAACAGUUACCACAGAGACAAUGCUAGUCAAGGAGGUAGUUAUCAUAGAAACAGCACAAAGCAGGGGGCUGGUUACUAUAGAGAUAGUACACAUAGGAGCGGUUACCAUGGAGAUGGAAGAAAUGAAUACUAUAGAGACAGCAGAUAUGGAAGUGGUUAUAGAGAUGGUGUUGGUCAGAGAAAAGAUAAUAGAGGUAAUAAUACUAGUGAUGAGAAGAAAAAUGUUGAUAGGUUACCUCCAGGAAAUGAAAGUAAGAAUGACAGUGAGAAGGAGGUAAGGAGAGAUGUUGUUGAUGAUGGAGUGUGUAAGGAGACUGAUGGUGUAGAGAGGCUGAACCAGACUGGUGGGGGUUCUUUACUUGAGGCCAAUGGUUUGAGGCAGGCUGAGAGAGAGGAUAAGAGGAGAGAUGGUGCCGGUUACUCCAGAACUGGACAGAGAGUGGACAGUGCUAGAGGACCCGGCUAUCACGGUAAGGACAAGCGGGGUAAAGAUUCCGGAGGUGCAGCAGGCAGGACACACUACAGGCAUGAUGGUCAGCACCACUAUGAUUACAGCGGCCACCACCCGAGGCAACAGGCACAUCGCCAUGGUGAGAGAAGGGAGAGAACCGCUGCCCAGCACGCUGAGGGUAGUGUCCCCUCUGUCAGCAUCCCCCAGGGUAGUGUUCAGGGUGGCUCGGAUAACCCCACCCCUGAAGGCGAGCUAGAAGAUGAAAAAUCUGAUUUAGAAAAUCUAAGAAUAGUUAAUCGCUGGCGGCAUGCGAAUUUCGGGUCAGAGUUCAUUGAGAAUAUGGAUACAUAUAAAGCAGUUAUUCGUUACGGACUUCAUGAUGAUGAUGAAUUGAAGCAUAAUGAAAAAAGUGAUAACACAGAUUGUGAUAUAGAUGGUUGCUAUGUAGGGUAUAAGAAUGUGAAUGUAGAGGAAACUUGGGAAGAUGAAGUAGAUCUUUAUGCAAGUGAGAGGUCUCUGCUGGGCAAGAAGCAGCGUCGUGAGUUUGAUGAGCUGAGAGCUGAGGAGAUGAAGCAGCUGCAAGCCAAGCUGGAGGAGAGGGUGGCUGGAGAGCAAAUGGUUCAGGAAGAAGAGAGGAGAAUGCAGAAGGAGCUGGAGCAGAAGAACCGCGGGGCGCAGUCCGCCGGUCAGGUGCCGGGGAAAACCAUUCUGGAGAUGUUUAAAGAGAAGAAAAGGUUGGAGAUGGAAGGGAAAGGUGGAGGGGAUGUUGGGGUGAAACCACAGGAGGAGGAGGGAGGGAAGGUUUGUGAUAAGAAGAGCAUUGUGGGGUGUGGUGUGGAGAAGAUUGUCUGGGAAGGGGCCAGGAGGGAGGAGAAAUGUCUGAAGCCAAACAAAGUUGUUGGUGCCGCAGAUGUUGGCGCUAAGGGCAGUAGAAAUGAUGAAGGCCGUCAUCUGAAACAAACCACAGGAAACAUUGGGUUAACUGUGAUUGGAGGUGAAAUGGUUUCAGGGAAGUGUGCUGUGAUUUCUUGUGCUUCUGUGCAACCCACCUUGACCCCUUGUGUUGCAGAACCAUCCAUGCCAACCACAAUGACCCCUAUUACAUCAGUGCCAUAUGGACAACACCUUGUGGCCCCUGGUGCUUUAAAACCAUCAAUACCACCUACAAUGGCUCAGUGUGCUUCAGGGCUACCCACAACGGCUCAGUGUGCUUCAGGGUUACCCACAAUGGCUCAGUGUGCUUCAGUGCCACCCACAAUAACCCCAUGUGCUUCAGAGCAAUACACUAUGCUGCCAUGUGGUGCAGUCGCACCAGAGACCCACAACUUCACACAUAGUACUUCAGAAACAAAUGUCACCACGGAGAAGGAAACCACAAGCAAACCAAGGGAGACAACUAGAAACAUUAAACUAUUUACUAAAGCUCCGCCCUUAAAAUUCCCAAAGAAAACCACCAAGUCAUCAGUCACAGAAUUCACUCAUAACUCACCUUCUGUGGUGGACACAGUUACCUCGCCUGUAGACAACAAUCAGGUCCUGGUUGAAACAAAAGUUGGGCAUUUACCCCAAGCCAAGCCACAGUCUUUCACCAAAACCUUCACCAAAGCUCCACCAUUGAAGUUCCCGAAGAGAAACAGGAAAGAAAAUGUUGAGCCAGGAAUGAACAAUGUUGGCAGUCAAGUUUCAGGGAAGGCAAUCCUUGACGUGCCAAGUAUCUCUUUGACUCAGGAACACGCUGCCUUGCUGGGGGUCUCCGCCAGUGAUCUCCAGACCUACCUGUCUCUACUCAACUCCCCCGUCCUGUACCCCGGCCUAGGCUUUUCUAACAGUGUACCCGUGUGUUCUCCUGCCCCAGGCUUUACUGCUAUACCAGGGUAUGACAUAGGCGUCAUGGCAAGUAAGCUGGGCAGUGGUCAAGGCCCUGAAGGUAGUAACCUUCACCUUGAUAGUGCUGUGUCAAAUUUAGGUUAAACAGUCAUCUUUUUUUACUAUAUAAAAAGUGUACUUUUGUGAUCGGUAAUGCUGUAAGUUUUAAAUUAAAACAGAAUCUAACACUCCCACCUACCUAGUCAAUAUCUUAGCGCUUGUACACACAGAAUGUUUAGCUCCUGUAUUUAGGAUACAUAUACUGUUUAAGCUCCUGUAUGUAGGAUACAUAUACUGAUUUAGCUCCCCUUGUAUUCUCAGGUCAACUCUGCUGCCUCAUAUAUGCAGUAAAUAUUUUGUUAACACGCAGCUCAUUCUGAAAACAUUAUGUUAACACAACCUACAGCGAUCUCUGUAAAACGUUUUAUUCAAUGUUGCUCUGUGUUCUUUUUACUUUAUUCUACUCAGGGUCGUAUUUGAUGUCUUCUAAAAAUAGAAUGUUAACAAUUUUUCUUUGUUGUUUAAAGAAAAUGUUAACUUCAAGUUAAGGUAAAAAUAAAAUAAGAAUCAUGGGAUUGUAAUUCAAAGUGAUGUGAUGAUAUAUUUGUUUCAUGGUUUAAGGUAAUUGGUUUUACCUCAGUAGAUCAGUUUGUAUGAUGAGGGUUUGAUCCUCUGUGGCUAAUGAAUGUCUGAUGUGUUACUAUUAAAAUCCUGUGUGUAAUUUUGGUCAGUAUAAUUGUGCUAUCCCUUGUAUCAGCAAAACCUUGUGUGUUAUUUGGGCAGUGCAAAACGUGUGCUCCAAACAAAAAAACCUAGUUUGUAAUUAGGUUAUAGAUGAAUGGUGUGUUACCAACAAAGACUUGUUGUGUGAAGUUUGGGUCAUGCAUGACUGAUAUAUUUCCAACAAAAAACCUGUGUAUAUUUUUAUGAGUGAUGCUACUGAAAGAUGUAGACAUAAUGUUGUGAUAAGUUAACUAUAACUUAAGUCAUUACAGCAUGCUGUUUUAUGUUACACGCAAAUUAUAAAUGUUGAUGU